GACUGAGAGUUUAUCACUAAAAUUCUGAGUAAACUGAGUUAAUCCCUGAAGAAAUAGACCAAGCAUAGAUGUAAGUGGAAGGAAGGAGCUAACGAGCAGGACGAAGGAAGGACAAAGAGAAUAUGUCUUGGUCAUUUCGUUGAAAAUUGCAAAAAUUACACUUUCACACCCCUCGCACCGGAACUCCUGCAAAAAGACUUCCGAAAUGGAAAAUCUUCCCAAAAUAUGUGUAGAUACUACUGAUGCGUUUAUGACGACGGAAAGAUUUGGUACACGAGAAGAGGUUAUCAGAUGGAUUAAAGAGGUUGGAAUCGACAAUAAAGUAACUGUUAUUAUCAGUCGUUCAGAUACUGAAACGGGGAAGAGAGGGAGAAGUAACAAAAUAAUAUUUGGCUGUGAUAAAGGUGGGAAACACAAGAUUAGUGAUAGUGGUACCCAAAGUGCGUCCAAGAAAUGUGGAUGUCCAUUUAAAAUCAGGUCGACUCCGGCGAAAGAUGGAUCUGGUUGGAAGAUUGAUGUAAAAUGUGGGUUACAUAAUCAUGGUUUACCUGAUAGAUUAGAAGGUCAUUCGUUUAUUGGUAGGUUGACCACAGAUGAGAAGCAACAUGUCGCUAAUUUGGCAAAGAGACAUGUAGCACCUAGAAACAUUUUGCUUUCCUUGCAAGACAAGUUUCCUGAGAAUGUCACUCGGAUUACGCAAGUAUACAAGCAUAAGAGUGUGAUAGAAAAAGAGAUAAGAGGUCCAAGGAGUGAGAUACAACAUCUGUUUAAGCUUAUUGAGGAUGCAGGAUAUGUGUAUUGGAGUAGAAAAAAGGAUGACUCGGAAGUGGUGAGAGAGAUAUUUUGGGCACAUCCUGAUUCAGUUAAGUUGUUGAAUAUAUUUCCGAUUGUGUUAGUUAUGGAUAGCACCUACAAGACAAACAAAUAUAGACAACCUUUGUUUGAAAUUGUUGGCAUGACAUCGACUGAGUUGACUUUUGCUGUUGGAUUUGCGUAUAUGGAGUCUGAGCAAACAGAGAAUUUUUGCUGGGUAUUGGAGAAAUUAAAAGAGUUGUUUGUGAAGAAAGACAUGUGUCCACAAGUGAUUUUGACAGAUAGAGAUCUUGCUUUGAUGAAAGCAAUUGAAGUUGUGUUUCCCAAGUGUCUCUAUUUAUUGCAUUGGUUUUGUUAACAUGAAAGAGGGGUUUAUAUGUCUAAAUAUUUUAAUUAUUUCAGUUAAUAUUUUAUGUUAUAUGACUUAA